AUGGAUAAUAAUAAUUUAGAGCACCACAACAGCAAUCCGUUCGAAGACUCCGCCGCGUCUGAUCUCCCCGUGUCCGAUAGUACAGCCGUCUUGACGGUCGACCGGAAUGCUACUUUGACACUGGGCACCGAUGCAUUGAUCCUUCUCGACGAAGGACUCCGGCACAAACGUACAGCCUCAAACUUUGGUGGUCUCUUACCACAACUCGCUAAGACAACUCGCGCCAUUCCUUUCCACAACAUCCUCUGGGCGGCCUUUGACGAUGUCGAGGUCGCGAUAAAUUACACGAAGCCCACCGGGCGAAAAGCUGGAUCUUGCCGAGUGGAACAGAUCAGCUAUGCGGUCACAGAUAAAAGCCUACAUAACCAUGCGAAACGAUGGGUGGAGCAACUGCUGAAUCGCGCGUAUCCUUCAAAUGUCAUGCGGAAGAAGCGGAUAAAGGUGCUCAUCAACCCGUUUGGAGGGCAGGGUCAGGCGCAGAAAUUAUGGACAACACAAGUGGAACCAGUGCUGGUUGCAGCCAAUUGUCAGAUCGAUGUCGAGCAAACUACAUACCGCGGACACGCGAUUGAAAUUGCCAAAAACCUGGAUAUCGAGGCAUACGACGUCGUGGCUUGUGCUUCCGGUGAUGGUCUGCCUCAUGAGGUCUUUAACGGGCUGGCAAAACAUCCCAGUCCAAGGCUCGCGCUUCGAAAAAUCGCAGUGUUUCAAAUUCCAUGUGGCAGCGGAAAUGCCAUGAGUUUGAACACUACUGGGACCGCAUCUCCGUCGCUCGCAGCGCUUGAGUUGGUCAAGGCCAUUCGAGCGCCUCUCGAUCUGAUGGCGAUCAGCCAGGGAUCCGAGGUGUUUUAUAGCUUCUUGUCUCAAGCGGUCGGCAUCGUAGCUGAAAGUGAUUUGGGGACCGAGACCCUGCGAUGGAUGGGUUCCUUCCGAUUUACAUGGGGAUUUCUUGUUCGUCUUGUGGGAAAGACGAUCUACCCUGCUGAGGUCUCGAUGCUCGUGGAUACCAAGGACAAAAACGAGAUUCGAAACGCAUAUCGUGCGACGGCUGAGAAAAUAGAAGCCGAUAGAUUGCGGAAUGUACUGUCAGAGAGCCGGGCGGAAGUGUUGUCAGACCAGGAAGACGCGCAGCUGCCUCCUCUGAAAUACGGAACUGUCAAUGACGAUCUUCCGGCAGGAUUUUCCACCGAGGACAUGCCCAAUCUCGGCAAUUUCUACGUUGGGAAUAUGUGCUUAAUGAGCGCAGACCUCCCAUUCUUUUCCACAUCCCUACCCUCCGAUGGCCGGAUGGACCUUCUCACCAUAGCAGGAGAUAUACCGAGCAUCACAGCUCUUCGCAUGCUCACGAGCGUCGAAGAAGGAACGCUCAUCAAUCACCCUGAGGUGGCAUAUCAAAAGGUCCUAGCCUACCGGAUAAAGCCACGCGUCGCUCCGACAGCCGGUCUCAUCUCCAUCGAUGGUGAAAGUGUCCCUUUCGAACCCUUCCAGGCCGAGAUUGUACCUCAAUUGGGCACUAUUCUGAGCAAAUAUGGAGGAUAUUACGGAUUCGAUGGCCGGAAACUCAAAUGA